UAUCAAACAGUGAACAUUUCGUAACACGUAUUAUUAAAAAUUGAAAUAUUUAUCAGUGUUAAAUAAUAUCUUAUAGUUUAUUCAUCACGUUUAAUGGCCUAAUUAUUCUAACACGUUAAACAAUAUUUUUCCUAAAACGUGUAUAAUACGAUUUUAUAAAAAACAUAUAAAUAAUUUAAUUAAACAAUUUAUACGUUAAUCGUUAAGAAGAUAAUAAAAUAUUUAAGAGAUCGUUGUUUUGUAAGAAAUCAGAAGAAUUGCGUGUACGGAAUUAAAGUGAACUUGUGAGUUACAAAAUGUUAACGAAGAAAUUAAGCAACAGAAGAAUAGUGGUUGAUAUUCUUGUUUUAUUAUUUGGUAUUGGUGCAUGGAUCGGUAUAAAUGGUAUUUAUGUGCAAUUACCACUUUUGGUAAACACUGCACCAGAAGGAUGGAAUUUACCAGCAUAUAUGGUAAUGCUAGUGCAAUUUGCUAAUUUAGGACCAAUUUUAUACACAUUAUACAUCAAAUAUACUGCAUGGGCAUACGAUAAACUAAUCAUAUAUGGAAUGCUAAUUGCAGCAGUAAUAUCAACAUUCGUAUUAGCAUUUGUCUACAGUAAAACGUCGGUAAUAUUGGGAACUAUGCAUUCGACUGCACUAUUAUCUCUAAUGUUUGUAACAGCUAUCGUUGGAUGUACAAGUUCAGUUCUAUUCAUGCCUUACAUGAGAAAUUAUCGUGAAAUUUAUUUAGUAUCUUAUCUAGUUGGAGAAGGCCUUAGUGGAUUUAUACCCAGUAUCGUUGCAUUGGUACAAGGUGUCGGUGGUAAUCCUGAAUGUAGAAAUGUUACUAAAGAAGGAUCUACAGAAGUAAAGUUUGAAGCUUUUUAUCCAGAACCCAGGUUCUCUACGCAAAUAUUUUUCAUUUUCAUAGGCGUAUUAUUAUUCUUAAGUUUUCUAUCUUUUCUCGGAUUAAAUAAAUUAAUGGUAGCUAUAGGGGAAAGGGUUAAACUUCCAUCGAGUAUGGAAACACUGCCAACGGAUACCAAAGCACCACCGAGUUACAAAACUAAUGCAGGCUGGACAAUGUCCAAACAUACAUAUUAUUAUUUGUUAAGUAUGAUGGCACUUGUUUGUUUUCUCGGUCAUGGUACUCUUCCUAGUAUUCAAUCGUAUUCCUGUUUACCUUACGGAAAUGUAGGUUAUCAUUUAACAGUAACGUUAGCUUCUAUGGCUGGUCCAUUAGCUAUGUGUUUAGGUUUCGUUAUAAAAUCUCCUAAAAUCAGUCUUCUUAAUGGACUAAUGGGAUUGAUUAUCAUUCUCUCUUGUUUCGUAUUAUUUUUAGCUGUUAAAUCACCCAAUCCUCCUUUACAACAUACAUGGAUGGGUGAACUAUUAGUUGUAGUUUCAUGGAUAUUAGUUAAUGGUUUAAUAGGAUUUAUUAAAAUGGGUAUCACCACUUUGUUCAGACCAGAUCCGGGUAGAGGUUUAUACUACACCGGUGUUGCAACACAAAUUGGUUCUUUAAUAGGUGCAAUAACAACAUUCGUUUUAGUCAAUCAUGCAAAAAUAUUUGUUUCAUAUUCACCAUGCGAUACCGUACAUUGACUUUUGUUUUAUACAAAUUAUUUUUCAAAAAAUGAUAGAGUCACAUUUUUUAUUGUGAUGUUCCUAUUUUAGUAAGUACUUAAAGAAGUAUUNAAAAAAAAAAAAAAAAAAAAAAAAAGACAAGAGUAUCUUUGAAAUUUUAGAGGGGGAAGAAAAAAAAAAAGAAAAAUAGCAAUGAACGCUUUGUCAAGUGCUGAUAAUUAGUUAAA